AUGAAAUCAGAAAUUGGUGAUUAUAUUCCCGUUGUUAGCAUUGAAUUUGAGUCUCUGGAUGCAGUAAUCAAAUUUUACAACACCUACGCGAGAAGAGUUGGCUUUGACCGGAGAAACAGGAGUUCGAAAAAGAACACCGAUGGGGUUGUAUACUAUGUUAUGCUUGUCUGCAACCAGGAGGGCAGAGCCAAAUCAAAGGUUGAUGAAACGAGAAAGACCUAUCCAAAAGGACCUACAGGGUGUAAAGCUAGGAUGAUUGCCUCUUCUGAUGUUGGCGGUAGUUGGAUUGUUAGGGUAGUUAAACUCGAAUACUAUCAUGAUCUGAACUACACUAAUUCGAGGUUAUUGAAGAGAAAUAAUGUUAUUUCUAUGCAUGUUAAAGGGAGUUGCCAAAUUGAUUCUUAA